UUUUCGUAUCUCGACCUGUUCAUAACCCAAAAUUCAAAUAAUAUUUUUAUUUGAAACCAAAAAAAUUCUUCGUUUCGAAUUCCUAACGCAAGUAUCUGAAAGUCCGUGUUGCCUAACGUUUGGUUAAGAUGUGCCAAAGUGCCUGUGGUAGCGUUUCCUAUGCUCUAGCUUAUGGCCCUGUCGGACCGGCCUUGCCGGCGAUGAACUACAACAAUUGUUGCUGUGGUCCCUGUCCGCCCUGUGGUCCCUGGACCUGUCCGCCAAACAGAUGUCGCUGCUGCGGUGAAUGCGGCUGCUUCGGACCCUUUUACUAGAUCCUGAAACUACGCCACAAAUAUUAGACAACCGAAACUGUGCCGAAAAUAUAAUAUCAUUCUGUAUGCUUGCGUUGGAAAACGGCGAAGUAUUUUUCCGGUUCUUGUAACAUUCAAAUAAAUUGUUAGUUUUGUAAAUAAAAUCAA